AUGCUUGUAUAUAUCAAUACCAUCAGCUCUAAAAAUGCAUUACUAUAUAUUAAAAUGGGUAAGUGCGUAUCAAAACCUAAAAAAUCACGAAAAUCUCUCCCCCAGCCAAAAAAUGAAGAAGAAAAAUUCAUCUCAAAUCCUAAAAAAUCAGUAUCUCCAGUUUCAUCAUGUUCUGAUCUAAAGUUGUCCCGUCAUAAGCGAAACAUUGAAAACCUAGAAACACAGGAAGACCAAUCAUCUGUUCAUAAAUCAAUAAGUUCUUCAUCUUUUCCUUUUUCAUCCUUUGAAAUGAGCUCAGGACUUCAAGAAAAUCCUUCAAUUCAAAUAUCUCAUUUAAAAACUGGGUCAAAAAUUUCAAUGGAUUUUAAUCAGCUUUCAAAAGUCAGUACUGAGCAUAAAAUGCUAAAGAAAAUUGCAAAAAGAUUAAAUGAAUUAGUUAGAGCUUAUCAUCGUGAACGAAAUUACUUUCCUUCUAUAGAAUUAUUGCAAUUACAAAGCGAAAUUUAUUUGCAUUUAGGGAUGUAUAGAGAAUAUAAUACAAGUGUAGGGGAUUUGAUUUUAGCUGUAGUCAUUGAUGGAGAAAAUGCAAUUGGGAGUAAGUUGCCUGUUUUGAUUGAGCCUAUUGAUGAAAGGACAAAACUAUUAGUUUCAGCUUGGAAGUUUUUUAUUGGUAAUGAAAGGGAAAUAGAGGAAGAAAAUUUGAGGAAUAUUGGAGUUUUUGAUAUAGCGGAUUUGAUUGAAAUGGCUGAGAAAUUGGACACAGCGUGCAUCAAAACUGUAGAAUUGCCAGAAGCAUUAAUAAAUAUUGGUCAUAUUUUUAGAAUCUGAUUAGGCUCUCCUGAAGAAGCUUUAAAUUUUUAUGAAGAAGCAAUGAUGGUUGAGCCAGAAAAUGCCUGCAUUAACUUUUAUCUUGGAUUAACUUAUAAAGCACUUAAUGAUUGAAAAUCCGCUAUAAGCCAGUAUCAACUUGGAAUUAACAAAAAUCCUAUGUACUGUGACUGCUAUUUUAACCUUGGAAAUAUUUAUUUAGAAGAAGAAAACAACCUAAAAUUGGCUGAACAAAAUUAUUUAAUUGCAUUAGAUUUAUGCCAUAGCCUAAAUAACUGCUUAGUAACUCCUGAUAAAAUUAAUUCAAUGCUCGAAAAAUUGUAUAUGCUAAAUCACAUAUCAAUUUCAGAAGAAUCAGAAAAAUCUUAA